GGAGCACUUCAGAAAACUGUAAGACAAGAUGAAGGUUGUUCUAUUUCUUCUGUUUGUCAUUUAUCUCAGCACAAGUACAGUUACCAGCUUAAAAUGCUACACCUGCUUGGAUGCAACAAACAAUGCAGACUGCAAUGCAAAUGCACCUACAACUUGCACGAGUACCACAGCCAAAUGCUCCGUAGCCAAGGUCGCAGUAAGCCUAUUUGGAAAAUCAUCAACUAUACUGAACAAAGGCUGCAUUGAAAGUGCACUGUGUACUGGAAGCAUCAACAUCUUGUUCGUCGCUAGUGGGACUGAAUGUUGUGAUACUGAUUUAUGUAACGUGAAUGGUUCAGUUAAUUUCUGUGCAAGCAAACUGCUGAUUAUAGCUUCUGCAAGUAUUCUUUACUUUAUCUAUAAGCUCACAAACUAAGUAGAAUAUUGUGCCAUCUGCUAGACGGGACCUGGUGAUUUAUGUUAUUAAUUUCACUUAAAUGUAAGGUAUAGUUUGGCCAAAUUUUUUUCUUCAGUGGGUCUCUUCACAAAAUUAAUGUUUAGCCUUCUAUCUUUAUUUUCUUCAUUAAUUAGCUACAGUGAACUCGCAUUGGGUGGAAUGCAACAACAAGUUCCCUGAUACCACCGAUUAUUCAUAAAAUUAAAACAAAUACAAAUAAUCCAUCGUUAAAGGAGUCAAGGAAUACAUUGAAAACUUGUAGCUUUUAUUAAAAUGCACAUUACAUUUAUGACUCGGAUCAGUACAAAGCAAUUUGAGACUACUGGGCAGAACUUGACGUGUAAAUUUAAAAUUAAGCAAAACCUUAUAGCUUUAUUUUAAACAUUGACAAUUUUGUUA